CAGGACAGGAGAGAAGACGAGAGGGGAGGAGAGGGGUGGCCCAGCCGGCCCCGCCCCGGCCAUCCCCAGCCUCUGUCCCCACCCCAGGUCGCUGGGAGCACCGAGGAGGGUGCGAAGCAGCAGCCCCCAGGCCAAAAGCCGCGGGCGGGCGGGGGGCAGAGUCCCAGCGCCCCUGGCCGUGCUCCGCGGAACGCCGCGCAGGCAGCGCUGGGCGCGGGAUGGCCGGCGGGGACUGCCCCGGCCACCUGGCGCCGCCGCUUCUGCUGCUACUUGCCCUGCUCUGGCUGGGCCGCGCCGCGGCAGCUGAGAGCUGUGUAUGCAAAGGUAAAAGUCCCUGCUUUUGUGAUAGCAUGAAAGGUAAUAAGGGUGAGAAAGGCUAUCCUGGUAUUCCAGGUCCACCUGGUCAUAGAGGCUUUCCUGGUCCAGAAGGGCCUCCAGGGCCACAGGGACCAAAGGGUUCUCCAGGGCUCACAGGCUUAGUUGGACCCAAAGGUAUACGAGGAGUCCCAGGAAUACCUGGAUUUUCAGGUCCCCCAGGCCUUCCAGGUAAACCGGGUAGUGUUGGACCUCCUGGGCAUUCAGGUGUUCCAGGAUGCAAUGGCACAAAGGGCGAUCAAGGUUUUCCAGGUCUUCCAGGUAGAAGAGGUGCUCCAGGUGUUCCAGGUGUUGCUGGCAUCAAAGGAGAGAAGGGAUGCCCUGCAGAUGGAUAUAACCAAGUGUAUGAUGCAAAAGGUGAUCCUGGAUUGCCAGGAAUGCCUGGACUUCAGGGUGCCCAGGGUGCUCAAGGAUAUCCAGGAGAAAUCGGACCACAGGGCCCUCCAGGAGCUCCAGGUAUGCCAGGGAAAGCAGGACCUCCUGGACCUAAGGGUCUUAUGGGACUGAAAGUAAUAGGAGCCAAAGGAAGAAAGGGUGACAUUGGUUUAACUGGACCCCCUGGACCCCCAGGAACUGUUAUUGUGACAUUAAGUGGACCAGACAACAUGACGGACUUGAAAGGAGAGAAAGGAGAUAAAGGAUCAAGAGGACUUCCAGGGCCAAUGGGGUUUACAGGGCCAGUUGGUGACUCUCAAAGUGAAAAGGGUGACCGAGGAGAACCCGGAAUACAGGGUAUACCAGGAAAAGAUGGUGCUCCAGGUCCACCUGGCUUACCGGGACAAAAUGGUGAACAGGGCAAACAAGGACUGGCUGGCAGGCAAGGAGCUAAGGGGAGGAAAGGAAACACUGGUCCACCUGGAGCUUGUGGUCGAACUGAAUAUUAUGAUAGUGUGGUUGGUGAAAAAGGAGAUGAAGGACUCCCUGGACCUCCAGGACCAAAAGGUCAACGUGGCAUGCCUGGGCCACAGGGUCCUCCUGGAGAUGCUGGUAGACCAGGUGUGUCAAGACCUGGUCUGAGAGGUCCCCCAGGUUUUCCUGGGCCAAAAGGAGCAAAAGGAGAGAAAGGACAAACUGGCUUGUGUAUUGUAGGCCCUCCAGGACUACCUGGUAUGACUGGUAGACCUGGUUCUGUUGGAUUACCAGGUCCUCCAGGAGAACCAGGUAGGGUAACAUUUAGAACAGGCCUACCAGGACUUCCUGGAGAACCAGGGUGUACAGGACCUCCGGGACCUCCAGGAGAUAUUGGCAUGAAAGGUGAUGAAGCUCACGUGUGUACUGAUUGCAGCUAUAUUCCGGGAAUUCCUGGUCUUCGCGGUUCUCCUGGGCCACGUGGCCAAGAUGGCAUUCCUGGUAGAGAAGGAACAACAGGUCCAAAAGGUUCUCCAGGUUCUCCAGGAGCACCAGGGUUUCCAGGAGCUCAAGGACCUCCAGGUUUUAAGGGACAUCAAGGAUAUAAAGGAUCAAAAGGUGAGCCUGGAUACGUGUAUCCAGAAGGGCCAAAAGGUGAGCGAGGAGAUCCAGGGCCCAGGGGAGACAAAGGAAGAAAAGGUUCAAGUGGAUUUGUGGGAAGACCUGGCUCUAAAGGAUCAAAAGGUUCCAAAGGUGAAGAGGGACUGGCUGGUUCAAAAGGAGACAGAGGACUACCUGGAUUGCCUGGCAGCCCUGGGCUUCCUGGAGAGAUGGGGUUUCCUGGACUGCCAGGAUAUGGACCACAAGGAAUAAGAGGUUUCAAAGGCUCUAAAGGAAUACCUGGUCCACCUGGAUUACCUGGAGAAGCUGGUCUGAAAGGAGAGGCUACUAGGAUAGCACCAUUACCUGGGCUGCCAGGACCUCAGGGACCAGGUGGUUUACCUGGACCCCCAGGAGUGCCUGGUAAGGCUGGAGCAAGAGGUCAGCCAGGUGAUCCAGGACAUCCAGGGCCAACAGGUGACACAGGCUUCCCAGGACUUGGGUUUCCAGGAAACCCAGGUCCAAAAGGAGAUAAAGGACUUGCAGGAGGCAAAGGGUCACCGGGUUGUGAAGGAAAGAUUGGAGAUACAGGCCGAGCUGGAAACCUAGGACAACAAGGAGAAAAGGGUGACCCAGGCAUGGUUAUUCCUGGAGAGCCAGGUAGACUGGGUUCACCAGGAAGUCAUGGCAUUCCUGGCUUAAAAGGUGAUGCUGGAUUUCCAGGACUUCCAGGCCUACCAGGGCGUGCCGGACAUGAUGGUGAUGAUGGCCUAAGAGGAGAGCGUGGCUCACCUGGAGUUCCUGGAGAUCCAGGUUUUCCAGGGAAACCUGCUGAAUGUCUUAUUGGCCUGCCAGGUUUGCCAGGUGGCCGGGGAGCUACAGGCCCACAAGGAGGAAGAGGUUCGCAAGGCUCCAAAGGAAAACCAGGUCCUCCUGGCUUGAGUAUCCCAGGAAUCUACGGACUGCCUGGGGAACCUGGAUUAAUAGGUCUUCAUGGAAAUACAGGAUUACCUGGCCCCAAGGGACAGUCUGGAAGGCCAGGAAUCUCUGGUGUGCCAGGCUCAAGGGGAGAGCCAGGUAUAAUGGGCCUAUUAGGAAUUCCUGGACCCCCUGGCAUUAUUGGAAGACCAGGCAACCCGGGUAUUAGAGGUUCUUCUGGCUUCCCAGGACUAAAGGGAAGAAAAGGAUUUCUUGGAGCAAAAGGCGAACAAGGUGAUAAAGGUUUUCCUGGACCAUCUGAGACCUUGGUUAAUAUUGGGAAUAAAGGAGAACGAGGUUUAAAAGGAGUUCAUGGAAGAAUGGGUCUAAAAGGAGAAAAAGGAGAUGCUGGUGUGCAGGGUCCCCCAGGUCUUGAUGGAUCUGAAGGAAUACCUGGUCUACCAGGUGUCAAAGGAUUUAUGGGUCUUCCAGGGGUUACUGGAGAACCAGGAAUCCCAGGUGGACCAGGAAACAAAGGGGACAUGGGAUUUCCAGGUGCAAAAGGACAGAAAGGAUCUCCAGGCUUUCCAGGACCAUCAGGAGACCCUGGUCCACCAGGCUGUGAUGGCUUUACAGGUGACAAAGGAGAUCCUGGGUACCCAUCUGCUGGGCCUCCAGGAGAACCUGGUCCAAAGGGAAAUCCAGGGCCCCCAGGAGUUUUGGGCAGCAAAGGGGAAAAAGGAUCCCAAGGUCAUCCAGGACAUAAAGGAAUACCAGGACCACAUGGGACCAGAGGGGAAACUGGAGGUGCAGGAAUCCCAGGAAAGCUUGGCCCUCCUGGAAAUACUGGUGUUAAAGGACAGCAGGGCCGCCCAGGCCAACAGGGUAUUAGAGGCCCUCCAGGUGCCAUUGGAGAGCCUGGAAAAAAUGGACCUGUAGGUGAAAGAGGUAAUCAAGGUCAGGAUGGUAUGCCUGGUCCCCCAGGAGUAAAGGGAGAACCAGGAGCACCAGGGAGAGGAAUCCCUGGCCUUCGAGGUAUUCCUGGUCGGAGAGGAAUCAAAGGGGACAUGGGACUGCCUGGUUUUCCUGGGCCACCAGGUAUGAAAGGUCAUCAGGGUGACCAAGGACCUGUUGGACCACCUGGCUUAGUGGGGUUACCUGGAUUUCAAGGCUCAACAGGCAUGGCAAUUACCGGUCAGAAAGGGAACAGAGGUAUUGCUGGUGCAAAUGGAAGACCAGGUGCUCCUGGUUUUCCAGGGCCUCCUGGUCUUUCUACUCUCAGCAUGAAAGGAAGCAAAGGAGUUAGAGGCGCAGAUGGCAUACCAGGGCCAACAGGCCCAGCUGGUGACAUUGGUCCUCCAGGUCCAAAAGGAAUAGAAGGUCGAUCAGGUUAUCCUGGCGCUAGAGGGGCCCCAGGAUUCCUUGGAUUCCCAGGUGUAAAAGGAGAAAAGGGUAAUCGGGGACCCCCUGGACCACAAGGUGCAGAAGGGCCAAGGGGACCAAAGGGCCAGCAUGGUUCACCUGGAGUCCCUGGGAAAAUAUUCUCCAUCCCAGGAAGCAAGGGUCCUCCUGGACUGCCAGGAAUACCAGGAACACUAGGUGACCAAGGAAUUCAAGGGAUUCCUGGACUUCCAGGACCUAAAGGAGUAAAAGGUCUACCAGGAAGAUUUGGUCAUCCAGGUCAACCAGGACUGCCUGGUCCAAAAGGAGACAGGGGAUUUCCAGGAGAAAGAGGACAGCCUGGACUGGUUGGCUUUCCAGGUCUACAGGGGUUACCUGGAUCACCAGGUACUAUCAUUGCUGGUCCAACAAGAAGAGGUUUUAUCUUUACCCGGCAUAGUCAAUCAACAAGGAUUCCUUCAUGCCCACAUGGGACAUCGCAGCUCUAUGUUGGUUAUUCACUGCUUUUUGUACAAGGAAAUGAACGAGCACACGGACAAGAUCUUGGAACAGCUGGUAGCUGCUUGCAGAGAUUUACCACCAUGCCAUUCUUAUUCUGUAACACCAAUGAUGUUUGCAGUUUUGCUUCUCGCAAUGACUACUCAUACUGGCUCUCAACUGCAACAGUAAUGCCAGUAGACAUGGCACCAAUUUCUGGCAGGGCACUAGAGCCCCAUAUAAGCAGGUGUGUUGUCUGUGAAGGAGCUGCAAUGGUAAUAGCAGUUCACAGCCAAACAACUGUAGUUCCUGCAUGUCCAGAAGGCUGGGUAUCUCUCUGGAAGGGUUUUUCUUUUGUUAUGUACACAAGUGCCGGCUCAGAAGCUUCUGGCCAAGCAUUGGCAUCUCCUGGAUCUUGUUUGGAAGAAUUUAGAGCCAUUCCAUUCAUAGAGUGCCAUGGCAGGGGGACGUGCAACUACUAUACAAAUUCCUACAGUUUCUGGUUGGCAUCGUUAAAUCCAAGAAGAAUGUUCAGGAAACCUCUGCCACAGACUUUGAAAGCAGGAGAACUAGAAAAUAUUAUCAGCCGAUGUCAGGUCUGCAUGAAGAGACCAGUCUAAACAGUGGCCACUCUUGAUUGAACAUGAAACUCUGUUUUUAUUACAAAGAUUUGCCUAACUCAGAAGAGCUAUAAUUUAUUAUAGUCCAACUGCACCUGGAAAGAAAUUAUAAAUUGCCAGUGCAGCACUGUGUUGAGGUAGGGCAACAGUUUGACUUUUGGACUUUUGUCUUUGGCAAAUGCAAAGCACUUUGAUGGAGAAGGCUUGUAAUGGCAGUCUGCAGGGGCUUCUGCUGAAUUAUUGUCAUUUCUGAGCUGCAUCUUCAUGAUAAAACUGUGGCAUCACCAGAUCUUUAAUGAAAGAUGUUAAUGUUGCCUUGUGUCAUGUGCUUUUCAAACCACAGGACAAACUAAAUGCUCUAAUAUUGACUUACAUAUGUUCAGUGUUUGAGUGGGUCUAAUUUAAGAUUAAAAUUGGCACUUAUGAAAGAUAGGGUUCAAUAGGAAACACUUUCAGUGCACUUUUAAAAAUAUAAUGAUUCAUUUG